AUGAUGCCACCACUAAUUCUUUUAGUACUAUAUCUUACUCUUCCUUUGUUUCUCUUUUUCGUUGUCCGAAACCUUAUGAACCCUAAUAAGAGCAAAACCCUACCACCAGGUCCCAAAGGCCUUCCCAUAAUUGGCAACCUUUACAAGCUAGAUAACUCAGUUCUUCACCUUCAGCUAUGGAAUCUCUCCAAAAAAUUCGGGCCAAUAUUCACCCUUUGGCUAGGGUUUAGGCCUGCCAUCAUUAUUUCAUCGCCUCAACUGGCCGAAGAGGCGAUGAAAAUACAAGACCCUAAGGUUUGUGGAAGGCCUAAGUUCGUUGCACAACAAAGAAUUUCUUAUGAUGGUAUCGAGAUGGCAUUUUCGCCAUACGAUAAUUGUUGGAAAGAGAUCAAGAAAAUUUGUGUUUCUAAUGUCCUUAGCCCUAGGCGCAUCGCCGGAUAUUACUCGAUAAGGAAAGAAGAGGUGAAGAAGAUGAUGAAGAAGAUACAAGAGCAUGCAACUUCAUCGGAAGUUGUAAAUUUGAAGGAUCCACUCCUCAACCUUAUGAUGAAUCUUGUAUGCAAGAUUGUUCUAGGGAGGACUUAUGAAGAUGAAGGGCCUGAGAGGGAAAGGUUUCUUAGUUUGUUUGAUGAGUGUAAUGCUUGGUUGGGAACCUACUUUCUUUCUGAUUAUUUUCCUUUUCUGAGCUGGAUCGAUAGGAUGAUGGGACUCCAUUCGCGUCUCGAUAAGAACUUCAAGGAGUUGGAUGAGUUCUACCAAGAAAUCAUUGAUGAACACUCGGAUCCUAAUAGGAAGGUUUUGGAGGGAGAGGAAGAUGUAACUCAUAUCUUGCUUCAAAUGCAAAAGGAUCAUUCAACAUCCAUGGACCUCACUAAUGAUCAUGUCAAAGCAAUAAUCAUGGACAUACUUGUUGGAGCAACGGAUACAACUGCGGCCACGACGGUUUGGAUCAUGACAAAUCUAAUUAAAAACGCAAGAGUGUUGAAGAAAGUUCAAGAAGAAAUUAGAAGCUUGGGAGGGAAGAAAGAUUUCUUGGAAGAAGAUGAGAUUCAAAAGUUUACAUAUUUCAAAGCCGUUAUAAAAGAAUCACUAAGAUUGCAUCUUCCGGCACCUAUAAUUCCAAGAGCCACACAUGAGAGUUGCAACAUUGGUGGAUACCAAAUUCCACCCAACACACUUGUUUAUGUGAACACUUGGGCUAUCCAUAGAGACCCUCAAUCUUGGAAGGACCCAGAAGAAUUUUAUCCAGAAAGAUUCUUAGACAAUGAUAUCAACCUUCGAGGGCAAGAUUUCAAGCUUUUUCCAUUUGGUUCAGGUCGUAGAAUGUGCCCUGGUUUGCCUUUAGCAACUGCAGCGCUUGAUCUUAUUCUUGCUAAUCUUUUAAAUUCCUUUGAUUGGGAAUUGCCAGAAGGAAUCAAAAGGGAAGACAUUGAUUAUGAAAGGUUACCAGGAAUUGCUCAUCACAAGAAGAAUCCUCUCUAUCUUAUCGCAAAGACCCACAUAUAAUUCAAAGCUAGGUACAACCUUAUAAUAGUGAUGAUAUAUAUAAUAAUUGA